GGUAUAGUUUGGUGACACAUGUGAGAAAGAUGAGAAGAUAAAUAGAGGCGUGACAGUUUAGCUCUGCUCUGUCUUCCCCCUUCUAUGCAAACAAACACUGCCGCGUUCUCACUUGUUUCUGGCUUUCUGCAACUCCUAAACAAAACAAUACAAAAAACAGCGUUAGGGUUUUAAGCUAAUCUCAACUUAACUUAAACGGCUGCUUUAUCUCUCAGCUCAACCCAAGAGGCAACUGUAUAUGUUAGCUGCGGCCUGUCUUCUGCUUAUAUUGUUGCGGAGAUCCUUUUGGCUUUUAGGGCUUUCUUUCUUUCUUUUCGUUUUGGAGGAGUUUAACUUUGCUUAAAUGUACAGGAAGUUUUGUUUUUUAAAAUGAGCGAUAGUGAGACGGGUGGCGUCAAAAAAGAAAAGGGAAAAGAGGAUAUGGAGGAGGACGUGAAUAUGAACGAUAAGAACCAUCAGCUUGAAGCCAAAGACCCACCUUCGUCUGAACCAGAAAAUGGAGACGCCACUAAGAAAGUUAAGGAUGCUGAUGUCAAAAGUAUUGGAUUAGCCACUGAUGGUAAACCUGCUGUUGUUAAUAACCAAACCCUUGCUGAUGUUCAACCUUGUGACAAUGUGGAUGGAUUAAAUGGCAAAGAUGAAGAUGCCAAAAUGGAGACAGUGGAUAACAAUGACAAGGCUGAUGAAUCAAUUGUUGAUGAUAAAAAUUUGGUCAAAUUUGCUGCUGCUGCUAAAGUGGAGAAUGAUGCUGCAGCUGUUGAUGAAACUGCGAAUGAACUUUCUCAUAGCAAGAAUGAUGGUGACCAUGAGCUUCCACUAAAUCCGCUGGGCUGUGUUGCAUCGGAUUUGAGGUCUUCUGAGAUAAAAGCUGAAAUUGAUGAAAAAGAUCAGGAAUUGAAUGGAGUGACUGAAACAGAGUUGUCUCCGAACAGUGAAGUUAAGGAGUCAAAUCCUAAUGUGGAUGUUGGGUGUGAAGUUGGUAUGAAAAGCUCAAACCUUUCCUUUCUUUAUGAACCUCCAGUUGCUGAGGGUAAUGAAUCAGGAACUGAGGAGGAGCAAAUAGCAUUUGUAAAGGAGGUAGAAAAUUUCUAUAAAGAGAGAAGCCUAGAAUUUAAGCACCCGAAGUUCUACAAAGAGGACCUGAAUUUGCUCAAGUUAUGGAGAGCUGUGAUCAAACUUGGUGGCUAUGAAGAGGUCACUUCAUGCAAAUUGUGGAGGCAAGUGGGAGAAUCAUUCAAUCCCCCAAAGACAUGCACCACUGUCUCCUGGACGUUCCGAAUUUUUUAUGAGAAGGCUUUACUCGAAUAUGAGAAGCACAGAUUGCAAGAUGGUGAGCAUUCUUACCGUGAUGUUUCCCUUACAGAGCCCAGUAGGAUUGAGAGUCAGUCUGUUAGCUGCCAAGGUUUAGGAUCGGGCAGGGCUCGGAGGGAUGCCGCAGCUCGUGCUAUGCAGGGUUGGCAUUCUAAGCGUCUUCUUGGUAGUGGUGAGGUUUGUCAGCCAAUCAUCAAGGAAAAGAACUCAAGCUCUACACCAAAGAGUGAUAGACAGAUUAAAAAUAUAGGCAUGCUGAAGCGUAAAAAGCCAUCAAGUGUUGAGCAUACUGUUCACAUUUCUACUGUGAAAGGAGCGAAUUCACAAUCGGAUACAAUGGUACUUGAUAUUGGACCUCCUGCCGAUUGGGUGAAGAUUAAUGUGCAAAGAACUAGUGAUUGCUUUGAAGUAUACGCUUUAGUUCCUGGGCUUUUGCGAGAGGAGGUGCAUGUUCAGUCUGAUCCAGCAGGACGCUUGGUUAUAUCUGGCCAACCAGAGCAACUGGAUAAUCCCUGGGGUGUGACACCUUUUAAGAAGGUUGUUAGCUUACCGUCCAGAAUUGAUCCACAUCAAACAUCUGCUGUCGUUACUCUGCACGGCCAGUUGUUUGUGCGUGUCCCAUUUGAACAGUCAGAUCCGUAGAUUGUGGAGAUUGUUGUCGCUUUCCCCGCAUACAGGAAUUUUUCCUUUGGCUUGGCCACAAGAAGAUGAAACAAACUAACAUCAAAUUUUCAAGUCAGAUUUUGCGGUGUAAGAAAACUAGUCCACAAUGGCAAUUGAAGAUCAGGCUUAUUUUAUGAAAGCUUCUAGUUAUGUUUAUAAUUUAGUAUAAUAGUUGGAUAGGUAUGGAUGAUUAUGGUUUUCCUUUUAUUGUUGAGAGAGAUAAAUAUGUGGAACACUGUAUCUUUUACCUUUCAGGAGGGUAGUUUAUGUCACAAAUUCCUUCUUUCUAUUGCAUUUUUAGCUUCUGUAUGUCAGAACAUAGUUUGAUAAGCAAAUAACUCUUAUUUUAUA